AUGACGUUCCUCUCGUUUUCCAUACAACUGACUGUUCGAGUGGACGUCACAGAAGGCGAUAACGCAGACCUCGAGUGGGAUGAUGAGGUUCACGACGACGGAGUCGAUAGGAUUGUUCAGUUGCUCGGGGAGCCUCAGGAAGAUGGAAACUCAGUUGAGGCGAGAGUGAAAAGGUCGCCGGAACCGAUGCCGGAUAAACCAAAGGCGCCGGCUAAACCGGCCGGUAAGAAGAAUUCACCUCAAACAUUUCGCACCAUCUCCGAGGUAAAAGAUGAACUGAAAGAAUGGAUGGCUGACCAAUUUCGUACUAUGACGGAGGAACUGGUGGAAGCUAUAAGACGUGGCGGCGGCGAGGGGUGCGUUUCCAAAGUAACCGAGCAGACCUCUGAAGGGGGAUCUGAGAUGCAUCCGGAAAACAGGUCUGAAAACAUCCGUGCAAAUACAAAUGGGCAUUCUGAAGAAGGAGAGGACGUCCGAUAUAUGGACGUAGCGGAUGAGGAUGUCUGCUGUGAACUUGUUGGGCCCGACUGGGAAGGAAGGCAAAUCCCUUAG